ACCCAUUAUGCCCAAAGAGUAAGAAGCAAGAACAACUUAGACUAAGCUCAUAGUGUUACCAAAACAGUCAGAUUCCGAUCACUUUAUGUGGGUUCACCGGCGAUGUCCUUUCCCGGCGGCAGAAGAAUCUUGUACUCGUCUCUGGUGGUGCUGUUGAUAAUCUCAGUCCUUCACAUAUGGGUCUUCAGUGACAUCCAAGUAGGGGCCAUACGGAUAUUAUCAGAAGAAAGAGGGGCAGAAGAAAAUAAAAGCCCAACCUUGAAGGCUAACAAAAAUCAAAGUGACAUCUCUGGAAAGUACUUCAGCGGAAGAGUUCUUGAUCUGAAUAGUACUCAAAAGGGUUUUCAAGAGAACAAAAGAGCAGUACCCAGUUGUCCAGAUCCUCUCCACAACAAGUAGAAUCAAACACUCUCUCUCUCUAUUUAUUUCUGAUGAAAUAUUUUUGCUAGCUUUUAUCCAAAAUACCCACGUUUUUCUCAAUAUUUUGAUGAUAGUAUUUUGAUUUGUUUCGUAAUUUUAGAGGGUAAACCGUGGGUAUUUUGGUACUUCAAUUAUGUUUUAGUGAAUGGAAGAUCAAGAAAUGCUACUAUCAUGAUGUAUAUAGAAGUUGAGAUUCUGAAUUUAUAGCCGUUAUAUUAGGACUUUUGUUGCUUGAAUCUCUCAACUAUAUAUUCUCUUUCUUCUACAUCCUACUUUGUAUUUUGUUUU